AGAUUGGCCCACCCAAAGAAAAAGGAGAAAUAAUUUUAGUUCAUUCUCUCACUAUGAUGACCCAUCAUUCUCGAACGCGUUUCCUUUUCACCCUCCUCUCUUGGGCAUCCAUGGCCAGCUGGUUCAUCCCCGCAUCCCAAGGGGUUGGACCCAGCAUCAAGGCCAAAGUCAGACUUCUGCGGGACCUGCCCCUCGGGCUUUACGAGAGCGAGAAUCUGCCUCCAGCCAGGAAAAGAGAUCGGACCCUCAUCGAAAUGAGUCUCUCCAUUCGAUCCGUGGACUUGGACUUUGCUUCGGGUACCUUCAAGACAGAUGGCUGGAUGUCGCUGCAAUGGUCGGACCCGCGAUAUCAGUGGGAUCCCUCUCAAUACGAUGACAUCGAGUCCAUCCCUUUGCCCUUCUCCAAGGCUUGGGCCCCGGAAGUGAUCCUUCACAAUUCGGUUGAGGAGCGGUUUGUCUAUCGACAAGUCGGGUUGGUCAAGCAUAACGGGGAUUUCGAUUACAUCAUCUCCAUCCACACCAAGAGCGCGUGUGAGCCGAAUUUCACGGAUUUCCCAUUUGGAGUGCAGUUUUGCCAACUCAAGUUUGGAUCGUGGAUCAACGAGCAGUACAAGGUGGAAUACCGGAUCGCCGAGAACCGAUCCAUGGCCAUCGCUUGGGACGAUUUCUCGAGUCCCACGGGUUGGGGAUUGUUGACCACGAAUGCUCAUUUGGAAUCACGGUUGUACCCACUUUUCCAGGAGCCCUCGCCAAUUGUGGUCUAUGACUUUGCCAUUCAGAAAGAUUUCCACUUUGAUUCGAGUACAGGCAACAUGUGGCAGAGAAAUGAUACGACGCGUGCACAAAGAGGUGAUCAACGGGAAUUCUAAUAACCAGUCAUCUCUCACUGGUCUCUUGAUAACAAAUUGUCGGAUAGUCAUGUGAACAAAACGAAUAAAAUGGAAAUAAGCUCAAGAUAACA